AUGAACAAAGCUUACGAAAACAAUAAUACUGACUCAAGAAUCCUUUUUAUUAGAGUCUCACUACAGGUUGGAUUUAUUUCACAGUCCCAACAAUUCAAGAAUUCCAGCAAGAAUGAAGAUAAUGAUCGUAAUGAUAAACAUCGGGAUAAAGACAAUAGAAAUUUUAAACAACGGUAUGAUGAGCCUGAAGAAGUAUAUCAUCCAAAUAAAAUUCCAAGAAAUAUAGGAAAUAAUCAAAACUUGCCUGAAAAUGGGAAUGGCCAUGUUUCUGAUUUAGCAAAAUCUACACCAACUAAAGAUGUCUCACCAUUAAUACAAUCACGAUCACCAAUAAAGUUUCAUACAAAAGAAAGAUUUGUUAUUCCUUUUAAUUAUGCAGAUGUAAGACUCAAAAAUAAUUCAGCCAUUGUAAUUGAUUUAAAAGUGGGAGAUAAUGAAUUAAUAAUAAUAAAUAAUUCAACAUUAAAACUGGGAAUUACAUCACUUCAGGUGAUCAAAGCAAAAUCCAUUCCAACUGAUAUUAGUAAAGAAGAAAUUGAUAACCACUUUGAUAGUUAUGACAUAACUGUUAAAAUAAGUUCUUCGAUACAUUCACUUGCAACAAAUAUUGACGAUAUAGCAAUUAAUUGUAUAAUAAUAUCCAUAACUGCUAUAGAGGUCGACAGUUUACAAGUUAUACAAGUAGAAAGAGUUGAAAAAAUAUUGAUUGAAGGCUACUCCUCCGCUUCCUUCAACGAAAAUAAAUUCGAACUUCGUGUGCGUCACUGGUUGCGUUGUUCUCCAAAAUUCAUAAUAAUUUUAUUUGCUGCAUUCUGGCUCACUUUUAUAUCUGCAAUAUUCUUUAUGAUCGUCGCAUCAGCUUAUCAAAAAUACUCAUUAUCUACAACUAAUCCUUAUCAGCCUAUACCAACCAAAUAA